AAGGCUAGAGUCAGGAGCAGAGACAGGCACACAAAAAGUGUUCCAAUGAAGAGGGAAAAGUUGAGAUAGGGAUUACAGCAGGCCGAGAUAAGAGGCCUCGACUUGCAAGAGUGCUAUCAAGCUUGGGGAAAGUGCAAAGGGCCGGCACGAUAGCAUCUGUCUACUGAAGAGAAUGGGCCUCCUGGUGAGCAGUGCUGGAGUCUAUUUUAUCCUAUGCCUUUGGAGCUUUCUUUUUGGACUUUCUUCAGUCUUCUGCCAGGAUCUGAGAGAACGGGAUGCUCUGUGCAACGCUGAAGGCUGUUAUGUGGUCUACUUCCAGCGCAAAACUUUUCUAGACUCAUGGAGGGCUUGCAAAGAAAACGGGGGCAACCUGGCUACAAUCAAACGCAGCAAGGAAGCCAAGACCAUUGCCUCUUUGUUUUCUACUGUGGAUUUAAGGUACUCGAGAACCAAGGUGCAGGUGUGGAUAGGCCUUCAACGCCAGCCGAGGCAAUGCACCGCCGCACGUCCACUUCGGGGGUACUCCUGGACGACAGGUGACCAGGAUACGGAGUACACCAACUGGUUAAAGGAUGACUCUCCUACUAUGUGCUCGGUGCCACGCUGUGUUGCCAUGGCAUACAGCACAACGGAUCCAACCAACAACUUCAAGUGGAUAGAUGGUUCUUGCUCAGUUCCUGUUGAAGCUUAUCUCUGCUACUAUGCCUACCAGCAAAUGUGUGACGCCCUGCCAAGUGAAGGGGCGGGCAGCGUCAAUUACAACACGCCAUUUCACCUUUUAAGCACUAUUCUGACACAUGUCCCCUUUGGUUCCGUGGCUACCGUACCUUGUUCCGAUGAAAAGGAAGAGACGGUUUUGUGCAUGCUCCAAGAUAACGGUUCGGCAGGUUGGUCCAGAAACUCGCCAAUUUGUCUCGAUGUGCCUCUUCAAUACAACUGGUGCGAGGAUGAAAAUGGCGGGUGCGAGCAUAUUUGUAAACAGACAGAGGACCAUUAUGUUUGUGAAUGCGAUGGCGGUUAUGUACUGGGACAAGAUAAGCAUAGUUGCGAUCAGGUUGAUGUAUGCCAAUUAGCACCAUGCGAGCACGAGUGCCUACCUCUGUCCGACGGGUUCCGCUGCGCCUGUCCCGAGGGCUACAUGCUGGCUCCGAACGAGCACGGAUGUGUGGACGUGGACGAGUGCCUGCAGAGUCCGUGUGAGCAGGUCUGCGUCAACGCCCCUGGUACUUUUCAGUGCACCUGUCGCGAGGGAUACCAACCGGGCGAGGACAGCGAGUGCGAUGACGUGGAUGAAUGCGCUGGUGACCCAUGUGAGCACGCCUGUGAGAACACUCCAGGCUCUCAUAUCUGCCACUGCCAUCUGGGCUACUCCCCGCUACCGGAGAACCCCAGCCAUUGCCAGGACAUCGACGAAUGCCAGAUUGCCGGGACUUGCGAGCAGAUGUGCGUCAACUACGAAGGUGGAUUUGAAUGCUAUUGUGAGGAGGGGUACGAGCUUCUGAAUGAUUUGUAUUCCUGUCGAAAGGUUACCAAAAUAGAUGACCAAUAUGCUGCUAAACCUUUUCCCUGGGCCACACACCAACCACGUCCAACUGAAGACUAUGAACUAGAUGACGACUAUGAUGACUAUACAAUACAGGCUCACACUAAUUGGCCUGCUGAGGUGGACCAGUCUCUAAAUUUGCUUACAGAUGCACCUAAAUUUGAGGAUCCUAAUAUCAUUUGGGUCACUGGGUCACCACUAGAUCCAUUUAAUUUUCCAACAGAAGGCACUACUGAGUCAGAAGAUAUCGAUCAUUCAGACCCUGACAUAUGGUUAGAAAGGAAAGAACAUGUACAGUCAGAAAUCGCCGAAACUGCUAUUCCUUCGACAUCCCCUUCAACCUUUAUCUCUAGCACCAUGUCAGACUGGUACGAAGCUGAGGAGGAGACCACUACUCCUCAUCCUACAUCGUUGUCCACCUCCACAGUCUCUGAAGGUGCUUGGAACUUUUGGAAUCUCAUUAUAACCCCAAACACCAAAUCUGUAACCCAGGAUCCCUUCAUAGACUAUAAGGCACCUCCUGACUAUGACUAUGAAGUACCUAUCAUCCCUAGAGAGAGAGAACCAUACACCAUCACCUCUCCUUCCCCAGGGGCAGCAGAGGAAAUUGCGGAGGACUACGAGGAUAUCACAGCAUCCUCUAAACCAUUUUUUUCCACAAAGUCCAGCCCUCCUCUGGAUUCCUCCGGCGUUGGCAAGGGAGUUGACUUGGAUUCCGUUCAACCUGACAGGGAGCAGAGCCAGAGCACCACUUGGCUCUUGGUCGGCCUUCUUGUGCCUAUCUGCAUUUUUGUCCUGGUGAUGGUGGUACUGGGCAUCGUUUAUUGUACACGGUGCGCAGCGCAGUCCCGGAACAACAAGAACACUACGGACUGCUAUCACUGGAUCUCAGGGGCACAUGAUAAACAGGGCGCUGCUAACCCUUCAGUAGGGGUCAAGACGCACGUUUAAGGGAGAGUGGCGUUGAUAUAAACAAACUCUUCAGAAAGAUAAAUAAUGAGCUACCUAUGGGACGAUUUGCUCAUAUUUCUUGAUGACUUGACAGUGACUGGACACUAAAGACCAGUGAUAUGGUUGGCUAUGUGGAAUAAAAGACUGCUUUGAAACUUAAUACACUGAUCCACGUAGCUAAUUGAGUCAAGAUUGCACUGGGAAAUCCCAAAUCUUAAAUCACUUGUGUUAUUACAGCAAGAACUGAAUUGGCUCUAUUCACGCUGACGCCACAGAAUCGGCAGACAUUUGGAAACAUGCAAAUGACGGCCUUCUUUGGACUUUGCUGGUGACAAAAUUUGGGAAAACUGACAAAAUGCUUUUCUUUAUCUGUAUGUCAUUGUAUUCUUUCUUUUUUCCUUUUAUGUAUUAUAAUUUGUCUAACUUAAAAAAAUAUGUUAUUGUAGCAUUACGUUAUGUUCGACAAAUCAAUAGUUAAAACCAGAUUCCUGUAAGUGACAUCGAAGACGCGAUUAGAGUCAUGUCCCCCAUGGAAAGCUUUGGCAGGUUGUGAAAACGCUGCUGCUGAAUCUACGGUUUUAUCACAUGCCCAGUGUCGGUAACUACACCGGUAGUCGUCAUCCGCAUGUUUCUAAACGUCUUCCGGUAAGCGUGAAUAAAGCCUAUUAUGUUUUCAUGUGCCUUCAAAAGUGUUCCAAGCUAGUUCUUUUGCUCACUGAGUGCAACACUGUAUAUAUUUGUUCCCGUCAAAAGGAGCUGGACUACAGUACCUUUAACUUAUAUUGGAACCCUGAAUAAAUCUGGUAUGUGUAGUUUUACUUUUAGAGACUGUCAGAAACCAAAAUUAGCUUAAGCAAUUCUCCAGUAGUAAUUUAUGGCGACAUUUGAAUCACUGCAAUUACAAUCAAGAUAGACAGAUCGUUUUACAGACUGAUUUAAAACACACCCAGUUCAUGGGUAACUUAAUGACUGAUGGUGAAAGUUAACACAGCAAACUUUGAAAAUUUUGGAUAGUCACAGUGGUGCCAACAAUGCCUAAUUUAUUCUGAUAAUUUCGGUUAAUAUUCUUAAGAAAAUAUCAUCAUUUUAAAGUGUAAAUGGUACAGUGUGUAACUGUUGGGGAGUUUGUUACCUGCUUGUUUUUAUGGAGAUGUUAUUGCUUCACCUGGAAUGUUACACAGUCUAGCAUUAAAAUUCAUGCAUUUUUGUUUCCAAUUACAGGUGUUUUUACUGCUAAAAGAAACAAUGAUAUAAUGUCAAUAGUGUAGCUUUACCGACAAGAGUCCAUAAAUAGAUUAGUUUAAAAUCCUACUGUUCAACAUCAGCUCAAUAACUCAGAUGGUACACCCAUUAAAAAAGUUGCAUUGUACCCUUUUAAGCAAUAAUUUUACUAGAGUUCUAACCCAGGAUGCCACCUUAUUGCCUCUGUACAUAUUCACCAGCGAAGACAGAGCGACCGAGUUGAAAAUACUGUGUUGAAAAGACCAAAACGUUGGCCUUUCUCUGUAUAUAACUGUUUUAUAUUUAUGUUACUUUUGUAUGAGCCAUUUUUAUAAGUAACAACUUAAAGAUUUGAGCAAUGUGCUUGUGAUUUUAUAGACCCACAUAAAUUUGCCCCAAGGAAUGUUCGUCUGCUCGUCAUAAUAUUUUCCUCCAUGGCUUUGACUGUUAAAGACCUCACAGAUGUUCCCACUGAAGCUGUAAGGUCUCAUAGUUGACACUCACCUUGCUCAUGAGCGAUCCCUCCAUUGGCAGACCCAGCUAAUUUAUUAACCCAGCCAGCAGUGCCUUGUCAAAUACACCCGCACAUGUUUUACAGCUGUGUUGAAUCAUAGCCAUGUGUGUCAGGACUUUUUUUUAUUAUGGAGUAAAAGCAGGGAUUAAUAUAUCGAAAGAGGAAGUGUCUCAAAUGGUUUUCCAGAGGUGUUCUCACGGGUGGCCUGGUACACAAGUAUAAGGAACAAAACACAAGCACUUACAAAACAAAGCAGGAAAUGAAUGGGUUUUUCUGAGUGCAAAUGGAACAGUGCAGUGCGUGGUGUGUUUAUUUAAUCCAAUGCAAGUGGAGGGUAAAAGACGGUGUGUCCUUGUUGUCUCUUUGUCAGUACUUGUGAAAUAAAAGUUUGAAACAAGUUCAA